AUGGGCUCUUCUACAGAUCGAUUAGUGGUAAAAGUGAGCGGCGGUGAGGGUGAUUUACAGGAUCGUUAUAAUGAAAUAAAUCAGUUAAUGGAAGAAAAACGAAAAUAUAUUGUUGAUUCAUCCGCAUUUUGUAUGAAUGAAGUUUUAACUUGGUUCCAAAAAUCUAUAAACGAUCUGUUUAAUUCUCAACAACAAAUUAUCAAUAAUAUAGAGUUCGUUCAAGAUAAAGCACAGAUAAAAUUAGCUGAUUUCAAUGAACUGCUCCAACCUCUUAGUAAAGAAAUUCAUUUUCUAACCCAAGAUAGCGCUUAUGACAUAACAGUGUUCGAUCAAAUAACAAAAAAAUUAGAUGAUAUCUACAUGGCGUUAAAGUAUUUUACACUCACUAAAGAAGUCAAUAUGCCGUCAGUACUAACGUUGUUACCACAAUAUAAAAUAUCCUUUAUUACUGAACAACUAAGUGAUACAACAUCACAUGAAUUAGAGAAUCGAAACGAAAAUACAAACCAAAAAUUAGAAAUCACGACUCUUUCCACUGCACUAUCUCCAACAACAAAUCAAUCUGUUGAACAUAAAAACGCAUCAAUCAAUCUUACAGUUGAUUCUGAGAUUUAUCUUUCAACUGAUUUAGUAGCAGAUGAGAUUUUUCCUAUCCAGUCGUCUAAAGAAUCCAAUUUUGAUAUUGAGCAAAAUGUUGAAGUUGCACGUAAUCACGACGGCGAAAUGGACGACAGUUUUGUUUUUGAUUAUAAACUUUAUCGUUUAGUGCUACCGCGUCAUUACGAUUUCGACAUUCAAUGUCUGACAUCAAACGGUACCGAUACAUUAUGUUAUUCAAAGACAUCAAAGAAACUAAUUUAUCAGGAUGAUAAAACGGGACGACAAAUGACACUCGAUUGGUACCAUGAUCAUAUUACACAUUUGAAUUGGUUUCGAGCUAUUGAAGCAUAUGUGAUAUUGACACAAGAUCGUGCAAUAUAUUCGAUUGAAUUAGAUAAUAAUAAUCGCUUGAAGAUUAGAUCACGUCAUCGUUUAAUGAAUGAAAUAGUCUCAUCACCGCCAGUAUUUAUGCAAACAGAUGCUGAAUAUAUUUAUUAUUGUUAUGAAACCGAAUCAAACGAUCAUUCUGCAAAAUAUUUGCGUUUAUUAAAUUUAUAUUUUCAAGAUGUAAGAGUUUAUUCAUUAGAUAAAUGUUUAUCAAUAAAUAAAAAACAUGUGCAUCAAAAUGAUAGAGGACAAAUUGUUGGUUUAGCGGUUAACAAUAAGCAUAUUGUUUUACUACAACACCAUGGACAGCAAAAUCAUGAAGAGAAUGAAGAUGAAUGGGAUAUCGAUGAGAAUAGCUGGUCGCCAUCAUCUACUCAUCAUUGUGUAAAACAACGUUCGUAUAACAAUGACAUACAUUUGUUAAUAUUCGAUAAAAAGAUGAAAUUUCUACAACGAUUCACCAUCGAUGGCUACACUGGUAGUUUACCAAUUUUUUAUUAUAAUAGUCCAAGCGGUUAUUUUAUGAUCGAUCAAACAAGGUCAAUUUUGAGAUUUUUCAAUAAAAACAAUGAAACUGGAGAGGUUAAAUUAAUUCCAAAACAGUCGACAACUACAGCUUCAGUCACUGCGUCAGGAAUAAAUUGUUUGUUCACAUCUAUUACGUUAAUGAAUGAUGGUACAUUAUUAAUUACAAAUAAUACUAAAGAUAAAAUGUCAAAAUUUUUAAACGAAGAUAUUUUGUAUGAAUUAACACAACGAUGUCAUUCAACUGUUGACAUGUAUAAUUUAUUAAUUGCAACUGGUUUUAAUGAAACUGAAAUUGCUUCUUUACGUGGCUUUUGGGUGAAUUCGUAUCUGACAUCGCCAUGUCAUAAUGAUCAAUGUUUACUCACUUAUGCCAAAAUCGUUGGUUUUAAUACAACAAAACUACGAUGCGACAAUUUAUCACAUCUAAAGGCAAAUCAAAUUCGUCGAUUAUUUACAUAUUUUCCUUCUAUAAAUACAUUUCAUAGUGGCAAUGUUCAUUUAUCAAAAGCAACAUGCGAAUAUCUGAUAAAAUUAUCAAAUUUAAAAAAUCUUACACUAUAUAUUCCGAUUAGUCAACAUGCUAAUCCAUCUGAUUUUUACAUUUAUUCAACUGACAUAUUUGAAAAUUUGUGUCAUUCGUUAACCCGUUCAAAUCUCAAACAAAUUUCACUUGUUAUACAAUCAAUAGAUGGUCGAUUACCUGAUCAAUGUGUCCAGAAUUGUAUUAAUGCUCUGACAACAAUGACUUGCUGUGAAAUCAUUACAUUAGAAGAGUUAAAUUAUGAUGAAAGUCGUCUUUAUCCCACAUUAUUUUCAUCAGACCAUAUACAAACAUACAUUCCUCUUGUAAUCCAAAAGUUAUCUUCAUCUUUAAAACAUCUUAUUGUUUCGUUUUGUCAUAGUAUGCUUUUGACAAAUAAAAAUAAUUUAUCCUCAAUUGUUGAAGAAUAUACAAAAUUACAAUUAUUCACACUAUGCUUGCCAUCCAUUCCACCAUGUUUUGACUGGAUUGAUCUAUUGCAAUUGAGAACACUUUGUAUCGAAUAUGCCACCUUCACCGAGGAGAAUAGUCAAUCGUUACAAUCUUUAUUUGAAAACAAUCAACAACAAUCAAGACAGCUUCAAAAUCUUGCACUGUCUUUAACAAAACAAUGGCUGACAACAUUAGAAUCUCAUCUCGUUAAAAGAACAACAACAACAACAGCAAUAAUGGAUCAAACAAAUGUUGAAACAAAGAUCUUUUCGUCCAUCUUCGAUGAUUGUUUUAGCGAGCCGGACAUAUUAUUAAUAGACGAUGAAAAGGAAAGUGAACCAAUGGAUGAUUCAUUUAUGAUAGAGAAUACAAAUAAUAAUAGCGAAAGUUAUUAUUAUCUUGAAUUUUCACAUCCAUCCUCAAUCAGAACAAGAACGAAUACAACUUUACCAAUUUUACGUCUUAAACUAGAUAAUCAAUGGUUAAGAUCUUUAACGAAUUUAAAUUUGACUGGAAUCCAUUGUCAUUCAAAUAAUUUCACGUAUUUAUUUCAACAAUUAAUCAAUGUGGAGACAUUAUCUAUUACACCGUGUACACUCAUUUAUAUUGACAAUAAUCUAUGUCACUGUAACAACACAAAUGUUCUAUCAAUAUAUCAAACACAUUUUUGUUCAUUCUCAUCAAUGGUACAGUUAAAAUCGUUAAACAUUGUUUGUGGUGUAAACAAUAUGAAAGAAAAAUGUUUUAUACUAGAAGAUGAUUAUCGUUAUCAUUGUUUACGUUAUGACGAAACACACAUACAUGAUGAAAUAUUUGAUAUCGUAUUUUAUUAUGAAGAAAUUAUUCGAUAUUGUUUACAAAAUAUAGCCUAUACGCUGAUUCAAUUACAUCAUUUGAGUAUACGUAUGCCAUUUUAUGAAUUAAAAAUCAAUGAUCUCAAUUUAAUUUGUCAAAAAUUUAGUUCCUAUCUUGAAACAUUAGUCAUCGAUGUUAAAGGUGUAUCUCAAUUACAUAUUACAAUCAAUGUAUUGUUAUCGAGAAAUAUUUUAUCAAAAUUAAAAACAUUUAUUGUUGUAGAUGAUUCAUUUAUUUUGACAAAACAAUUGUUAGAUAAUUUAUCGAAACAAUCACAAUUAGAAAUAAUUGAAAUUUAUUCAAAUAAAAGUGAUUUAAACAAAGAUUUAAUUAUAUAUAUUGAAAAAAAUAUGAAUAUCAAUAUAUUUUCAUCAUUACAUACAUUUCGUUUAAUUGUUAAUAGUGUCAGUUCAAUACAAUUGAUUAAAACAGUGAAAAUAAAUAUUGAAAAAUCAUUUUCAACAGUAAAACCCGGUUUUUUAUUUGAUAUAAUAACGAAUUCACAUGCUAAUUUAUCGAAAAUAAUCACAGUGCCAGUAUUAUUUGACGGAAAAUAUUUACAUAAGAAAUUUCACUCUAUUAAAUCAAACUAUCAGUUGUCAAUUUCUUAUCCAUCUAAUUUAAAUUAUCAAACAUUGUAUAGUGAACAAUUAGAUAAUUUAUAUAGAAAAAUAUGA